CAGACUCCUUCAGCAGGAGCGGGGGAUCACAGGCAGAGGAGAAGUGACGGGAGAGCAACAUCAGCACCACUGACAAGCAUCUCCCUCACUGAGGGACGCAGGGAGACAGGAAAGAGAGGUGGGGAGAAGAGGGCUUCUGAGAUAAGUGGGAGAAUUAAGUUAGUUGGAGAGACGACCAGUGAGUGAGGGAGACCUGGGAGUCAGAUCUGCUUGGGUGGCAGCUGGGAGCUUCUUUUUUCUCCUUCUACUUCUUAGCUGGGAUCUCUCUCUCUGGCUUCUCUCUUCUCCUUCCUCUCCCGCUCCUUCUCUUCAUCUCCUUUGCUCCUUCUUCUCACCCCGACUCUCCUCCCAGCUCCCGCCGUGGGGUCGCAGCUCUCAAUCUCCCUCCCCCCCUCCCUGGCUCCCUACCUCCCCCGGGCGCUGCUUGGAGACUCCGGGCUGCUGCGCCGCAGGAGGAUGUCUCGGAGGGAGUCUCCACCGCCGCCUCCGCCGCCUCCACAGCUGCUGGGGGGGCAAGGGGGGGACUGCGAGGACCGUCCAGAGCGCACGGAGCCUCUGUCCGACUCUGAGAGGGAGAUCAUCCAGGACACGUGGGGGCACGUCUACAAGAACUGUGAGGAUGUGGGGGUGUCUGUGCUCAUCCGGUUUUUUGUCAACUUUCCAUCUGCGAAGCAGUAUUUCAGCCAGUUCCAAGACAUGGAGGACCCUGAGGAGAUGGAGCAAAGCAGCCAACUGAGGCAGCACGCCUGCAGGGUGAUGAACGCCCUCAACACGGUGGUGGAGAACCUGAAUGACCCAGAGAAGGUGUCCUCAGUGCUGGCCCUGGUGGGGAAGGCCCAUGCCAUCAAACACAAAGUGGAACCAAUUUAUUUUAAGAUCUUGAGCGGAGUGAUCCUGGAGGUACUGUCAGAAGACUUCCCAGAUUUCUUCACAGCGGAAGUGCAGAUGGUUUGGACCAAACUGAUGGGGGCGCUGUACUGGCACGUGACGGGGGCCUACACUGACGUGGGCUGGCUCCAGGUCUCCAGCUCUGCAGUGUGAAAAAUCAGGAAAGAAGAUGUUUGAAGUAUUUGUUGGAGAAAUAAAUAGAGUCAUGUGUGAAAGAUUGGGAGCUUGGUUUCACAGACAUGGAUGAGAUUAAUGCAGUAAUCUGUGCAACAUUCUUCCACACUUUGGUUGUAUCUUGGUGCUGAGCUUUUGCUGCUAAAGCUGUAGAGGUCAGUCGGGCACCAAGCGAUGUAACUAGACAUCACCUCACUCUUCUUGGCUUCUGUAAGUGGUGUUUUGGUUCAAGUGUUUUAGCGGAAAAAAAAAAAAAAGGCUGCUGUUUUAAGUAUUUUCCUUCCAGCUCUUCUACAGGUAAUUCCAGUCACUCCAGAAUCACAUAAACCAUCACUCUAUGUCUAGCAUGAGUGCUUUCCUAUUAAAGAAGCGCCACAGUCUUACAGUACCUGCAUCUCAAGGUCUGAUAAGGUUAAACUGCAUUUUUGGCUCAAAGAAGGUUAAAAUGCAAAGCAAAGAGUUUAUGAUGAUUUUCUAGCAUUGUGAGAAAUCAGUUAGACACAUUAUAGCAAACUUUAAUUUUGUCUUGUUUUUUUGGUGACAUGUAACCUUCAACAAAACUUGAUUUCUUGUUUUUUAUUUCUUUAUUCUUAGUAGCAAUGCAAGAAGUAGCUAUGGUGAUGAUACAUUAUUAAAUUAAUCAACACAUCCAGUUAAAUCCACACAUUUUGUAUGUUAGAAAAAGUGACUCAUAGACUUGUUUGAUGCUGUUCAGAGGAGUCCUCCCUCUACAUUUACCCUGUUAUCUAAUGUAUAAAGUAAUACAUGUAGCAGCUGUAAAAAGGGGGUUCCUGUGAGCAGUUUUACACGCAACACGUGUUUUUUCACUGAUUUAAUCAGUCUAAUCACAUCUCAUAAACAUACUGCGUUUCUAUUAAAAAAAAGAAAGACAUAAAACCAAACCUUUAUUUACGAUCGCAGCAUA